AUGUAUAUCAAAAGUAGUAAUGGACUUCAACACACAGCCAUGGCAGGUAUAUAGGAGCUCACACACCUGCAGAGAUGGGGACAGGUCCACCAUCAAAAGAGAACACAUGCUGGAUUAAAGUAUAAUGAGCCCAAACGUGAAGAUAUAAAGCCUGUGCCUUUAAGAGAAGAUCAGCUGUUUUUCAUACAACAAGGCCAAGAAGCAAUGAGAAAGGCUCUCUGUAUAUAGGAAGACACACAAGGAUGGAAGGUUGAGAUCACAGAGGACAAGGAGAACGUUGUCAGCAGCAAAGUAGUGCUGGGGGCUGGGAAGGUCUUCAGACUGGAGACAGUCCUGGAGGCCAGCGUUGACGAGCUCUACGACUUACUGUUUGUCAGAGUGGAGGAGAUGCACCAGUGGAACGGGAGCAUACAGCAUGUCAAAGUUCUGAAGCAUGCUGGACCCAAAACGAUUGUAACUCACAAGGUUUCAAACUUGGCAGGUGGAAAUCUAAUUCGCCAAAGGGAUUCUGUCAGGCACAGGCGCAAACAAAAGUCCAGUGUUUAUCUUGGAGGAGCAUCGACUCAGCUGGAGUCCUUCCCACCCCGGGCAGGCUGUGUAAGAGCUGAAGAUGGACCAACCUGCAUCAUUAUUCAGGCUCUGGACAAGGAUAAAAGAAAAAGCCACUUUACAUGGCUUCUGAACAUUGAUGUUAAGGGCUGGCUGCCAAAGUCCAUUGUCAAUCAGGCUUUGCCCCAAGCACAGCUGGAUUUCACCAGACACCUCCGCAGACGUCUCACAGAAAACGCCAAUCUCUAA